AUGUUUGAACCAACUAUAAAAUAUAAAAAGGUCAAUGGGGAACCUAUAAGCAAACCGGAAGAUAAGCCGAUUGAAAGACAAAGGGAUACGAUACCAAAAAUAGAAGAAAAGGGGCAAAAAGAGAAUGAUAACAACAAACAAGUUGUACCUGAAUACACUUUUGAAGAAGAGGAUGAUACAGGAGCUAUUCAGAUAGACCCAAAUGAUAAAGAUCGCAUCAUUAUCACACUGUCAACAGGGAAAAAAUAUUCUGCAGAUAGGUAUUGUCCUCAUGCAGGAGCAGACUUAUCUUAUCAUGGCAAACUUGGCGAGAAUGAUUACCCACCAGAGAUUGGUCCUAUCGUGAUGUGUCAGUUUCAUUAUUGGGAAUUUGCCCUUGAGAGAAAGGGAGAUGGAUUUGGAGGAAGAGCUACGAUUAAUGCCUGCCCGUUAGAAGAGACAUGCUCAAGCAAAAAGUUAGACUGGUGA